AUGUCUCACUCUACUCUAGAUGCUGUCGUGCAUGGGCUGCUGCACUGGUGCUCUGUGGAAGAAGACGCUGCUGCUGCUGCCAGAAAUAGCGCCUUGGUCGUGCAUGUGCUUUGCCCAUGGCUGUGCUUCCCCCCCUCACCUGUCAACCAAGGCAGCAAGGCAUCGCACGCUAAGGGUUGUACACAAGGCGCCUCGGUGAAAAUUCAAGGCUCCGACGCUCCUACUCACCUUACUCUACCACCUCGCUUGACUUCCUCACCCAGAAACCACCCCCCUCCAAUCUCCGACUUCCAACAAUCCUUUCCGGUCAACCUGAUCGGAGUAGCCAUGGCUCUCAUCGACCGAGUGCCUGGUCCUCUGAAUCUGUACAUUGGUGGCAUGUUCACACUGAGACGGCGUGAGGCCCUUCUACAAGCCAACAUCACCCAUGUCCUCUCCGUACUACGCACGCCACUGGAUCGGGACUUGUUCGCCCCCUUCAAGCACAUGGUAGUCGAGGUGGACGAUGUCGACGAUGAAAAUCUAUUGGAACAUUUUCCAGCCACCAAUCGCUUCAUACAGGAAGGCCUGGACGGAGGUGGCGGAGUCCUCGUGCACUGUGCCAUGGGUAAAUCACGCUCAGCUACUGUCGUCAUUGCUUAUCUGAUGCAAAAGCACGACAUCAAUCCAUUAGAAGCGCUGUCUCAUGUUCGACAAGCGCGGUCCAUAUGCGAGCCUAACGAUGGCUUCAUGAGACAAUUGGAACUCUAUGGCGAGAUGCAGAUGCCUGACAAUGUCGAAGAGACCCCUGCCUAUCAACGCUGGGUAUAUCAACGAGAAAUUGAGCUGAGUCGUGCGUGCGGGCAAGCACCAGAGGCAGACAAGAUACGCUUUGAAGACGAGCAUGUCGCCAGUCAGGCUUCUGGUUUCGAAUUGAGAUGUCGCAAAUGCAGACGGCCACUGGCUACCUCUCAGUACCUGCUACCACACACGUCGGCCUCCGCCAGGGAGAGUGAGAGUACAGGAACGCCUCCAGUCACCGCAUCUCGAGAGUGUGCCCACUAUUUCCUUGACCCAUUGUCCUGGAUGCGCCCCGAGCUUGAACAAGGCAAGUUAGAAGGACGCCUAGAGUGCCCCAAGUGCCACACCAACGUAGGAAAGUACGCCUGGCAAGGGAUGCAAUGCAGUUGUGGAGAAUGGAGGGUACCAGGAAUCAGUCUUUCCAAAGGACGAAUCGAUGAAGCAAGGAAAGCCAGUCAUGGCAUACGGCGGCCACCAGAAACUUCAGGUGCGGCUCCCGCCAAAGAGAACCUGUAG